AUGUCACAUUCUACGCAAUUUUUAGCUCCAUAUUCUCUGUGCCCAUUAAUAGAGUAUAAGAAUUUUCUUGGAGUUUCUGAAGAUGCUCUUAGUGAUUGUGUAAUUGUGACUCUUUCAAGGAAUAUGGUGAUAAGAUUCAGGUUAUCUGAUCAAAAACAAGUGAGUUCUUGGGGAACAAAAAACAAGCUCACAGCUCCAGUAGUUUAUGACCAUUUUGACAAUAGAUUUAUAGGAAUCUUUAAUGGAGAUGAAGUAGCUUUCUGGCAGGACAGCUUAGAACAAUUAAAUAAACUUAAGAAAUUUAAGUUCACUUGGCUGAUACAUAGCGUUGUAUCAUCUAAAGAUGUACCUCCACACAUAGUGUAUAUGAAUGGAAAUGUAUGUCCUUUAAAUGUUGACCGAGAAGCACGAAAGGAUCCUGAAGGAAAAGAUUUUAUUUUAACAACAGAAAAUAUUGAGGAUGUAAAACUUGUCAACAUCCAUGGCAGCCCCUUUGUUGCAAUGCAUGUGAUAGGUGCUCAGGGUAGUAGUUGUUUGCAUUUCAUACCCAUUUCAGAUGAAAAAGAAAAAUUUACAAUCAAGCUUGACCGAAAUGAUGAUUUAAAACUGAUUGGUCAUACUGUAAUUGAAUCAGAAACUACAACAUAUUUAAUUCAGCUAUGGUCAAAUGGUGAUUUGACAUCAUUGGAAUUGCCUCUAGAAAAGGGAAGUGCUGGAAGAUUCGUUGGAAAUAUAUCAGUUAUAAAUACACAAUUACAAGCAACACUUUUUCCAAUAAGCGGAGAACAAGUUGCUAUAUAUGGGGCUCAGUCAGAAUCAGAAGGCGGGAUACUAGUCAUGUUCUCAAUCAAGUAUGGUGUAGUGGAGGCUACUGAAAAUUUAAAAAUUUAUAAUAGUGCAUCAAAAUCUCUUGCUAGAUCAAGGGAGCUCAUUAUUCCUUCAGGAGCCAAUUUACUUGUCAUUCCUUACAAGCUCUACACCCCACGACUUUCUGGCUUAGUUGGUAGUCAAGCACCAAGAUUGGAAGGAGACUUAGAUGAUCUCGUUGACAAAGGCAUUUCAGAAUCAAGGAUAUGUGAAUUGCUGUUCGAUACUUAUGCUGAAUCCAAAAAUGCCAAAGGAAUUCUACAUUUAUUGGAAAAGUGUCAAGAUGUUCCAGACCGCUAUCUCGUUCGAUCCUUGGCUUUUGCUCUAAAUAAUAAUACUGAUGACUGCAAUAGGAUAAAGGAAGUUGUCUUAUCGCGGCCUUUAGUUGGCGAUGACAACAGCCUUUCUCUAGUGAGGACACACAUUCCUCUUCAAAUGGCACUUACACUACUUGAAAUUUUAGCAGAUAAGAUGUCAGAUUCUCCUUGUGAUAGAAUUUUUAUUGAAUGGGCUUGUCUAUUGUUAGAUUCCCACUAUCAGCAGUAUCUUCUAUCUAGAGAUGCAGAUGUGAAUGAAACUAUAAAAAAAUUACAAGAAAUUGUAUUAUCUCAGAUGGAAUACAUGGAAACAUUGAAAUUAUUGAACUGGGAAAUGGUUAAUAUGAAGAAAGUAAAAGCUAAAUUUAAAAUUCCAUUAACUUCUUCCCACAAUUACACAAUAGAAACUAUACAAUUGUAUUAA